AUGUUAUUGCAUGUUGUUCAAAAUGAAGAAGACAAAUACCUCAUUACAUUAGUUUAUCGAUUUGUUUUUGCGAAUGAAGCAAUAUGUGGGGAUCCGUUCAGCGAUCCCGAAUGGCUGCCAGCAGCUGAAGAAUGCUUUGUGAGCUGUGAUCCUACGGUUCACAUGUGCAUGAUUCAUACAAAGACAAGUGUUCAAAAAUGUAGAUUAUUUUCGCAAGAGUGUCAAGCGGCCAUUCGGAAACAUCUUGGGUGGUCAUCGACUAUAGUGAGUAUCUAUCGCCCAGAUAGCACUACUACCAUCAUGCCAGCCUUUGUAACGAGUCUGCCGGAAUCUCAUGCGGAUCGGUCGGCAGUUUCAGCGGCAGAGGACAUUGAAAGAGAUUUCAUGGGACCUGCGACUUUGUCUACCGUAGCUAUUACUGCUGAUGGGAUAAGCUCGAGCGAAGCCGCUGUGUCAAUUGAUUUGCUCACCUCACCUGCGCAGCCGAGUCCUAACGAAUGGCCUGAAGCGCCAGCACUUGUGAAUAACGAGUAUUCUCUUGAAGAAUCACAGUCUAUAAAUACCGAAGCUCCACAAGACGGCUAUGAGGUGGAAAAUAGAAAAGUGAUAUUUGCAGCAAUGCCCGCUGACCAUUCUACGGAGUAUGAUGGAGCCGGCCUGAACAAUAACAAUAUCGGGGGAGAUGCAAUGAACACAGAUGGAGAUAGUUUUCAAGAAGAAUCUGAUUAUGUCCCUAUAACGCUUACUCCAAAAAGGCUUACUAUGAAGGUGUUGCCACCGGGAAGGCCACAACCGUCACCGCCUGCUUUUCCUCCCUAUUAUCUAAUGAACCGCUACUCUACUCCAUUUCCUGCAGCAAAAACUCCGCCAAAAGACAUAGUACCAAAGUACAUCAACUAUUUGGAGCCACCAUUUGAGGAUUCAGAGGACGCUGAUCCGUACGACCCUUUACCUCCUCCUCAUCCUCCCGCAUUUCGCCCGUCAGGUUCCGACGAUGGAACGGAUGUAUCGCGUGAGCCAGAGCCCUGGGUUCGCACAACUACAAUACUUCCCCUUCCAACCUUACAUGAAACGCCCGAUGAUAAUCGAGUGGAAGAGCCUGAGGUCCCAAUCUUUCGUGGUGUCAGUGAAGAUAGUAGAAAUGGUGUACGUUUUGAGGUAUUGCCGCCGCAUUCACCUCUUCGCUCAGCUGUUAAUGUGGGCACCUUUGACACGAAUCUACAGACUCUUCCCGAACAACGGCGAAUUCACCAAUACAUUGAUCUGCAUACACGGCGUAAAGUGGUAGCCGAAAUUCAACCAGAAAAAGCUCGAGAUCGCAGUAGAAGAUGCUGCGAAUGGUCAUUGAAUGGACUAUGUGAUGGACAUUGGCAGAGAGUUCGUAUAAUGUGCGCAAAAAGUUGUGGAACUCUUGUGUGUGAAGAUAUUGAGGGUAUCAAAUCAUGCACUCGAGUUGUUGACGUUGAUGUAGAGGACUGUUUCCAGUCAGCAAAACUCACAAGGUAUUUCGGCUUGAAGAAUGCAGAAACGGAAGAGGAAAGGAGAAGUAUUAUUGACGGCAUUGUGCAACAAAAGCUUGGUCGAACUAAACGCCGCAAAGCCAAGAAGAGGCGUCUCUAA